AUGUCGAACCGAACAGUUUGCAGAGAAGCAAGUCACGCUGGCAGUUGGUACACCGCCUCAGGUAGAGAACUGAACCGGGGAAUGGGCCAGAGACCAGGGUUAACUAGUUAACUAACCAAGAUAGCUAGCAGCAGACCUGCCUCUAAUGUUUGGGUUGCUGUCCGGGUAUGUAGCUAACCUGGUUAGCCAACCUUGCUAGCUACAUAACUCUCUUUCGAUGGGACUAUUGUCCGAGGUAGUAGCUAGUUAACAUAUCUUGCUAGCUAGCUACAGACAGGUCUCUCUUUGGGCUGUUGUCCGAGGUAGUAGCUAGUUAACAUAUCUUGCUAGCUAGCUACAGACAGGUCUCUCUUUGGGCUGUUGUCCGAGGUAGUAGCUAGUUAACAAACCUUGCUAGCUAGCUACAGACAGGUCUCUCUUUGGGCUGUUGUUGUCCGGAAAAGUAACUAGCGAACGUUAGAUGGGUGGCUAGCUGGCUAGCUGGCUAAUUGAGUAGGAGAGAGGUGAGGUAAAAAAACAACAGGCCGUUCUAUAUCAGAUGGCUCAGAUCAACAGUCUGCUACCUAGCUUGCAUCAGCUGGCACUUCUUGUAUCAAACAGCAGAGUAGGCAGAUUUUUUGGGGUCAUUUUAAAAGCAAGCGUUAGAAGCUAGCUAACACGUACAAGGAUUUGGUCCAUGCAUGUCUUGUUCACUCAGAACUUGUAUCCAUGGCCGUCCAGUGGAAAUGGUUUGGCGAUUAAAUGGUGGGCUAUUUGACCUGAUCAUUGGAAGAAAUGGCUAGCCAACUAGGUAGUUAUUGCUAGCAACCCUUGUCGACAGUAUUAGCUAGUUAUUUACAUUUUUUACAUGUUUUAGUCAUUUUAGCAGACGCUCUUAUCCAGAGCGACUUACAGGAGCAAUUGGGGUUAAGUGCCUUACUCAAGGGCACACCGACAGAUUUUUCACCUAGUUGGCUCGGGGAUUAGAACCAGCGACCUUUCGGUUACUGGCACAACGCUCUUAACCACUAAGCUACCUGCCGCAGUUAUGUCAAAACACUGACAACCAUCUCCGUGAACGGUCAGUUAACCAUUAUAGCAAAGAUUCACCAACUAUUUAUCAUUCUAGCCUACCCUACUCCACCAAAGUACUUCUGCAGCGAGUUGUCAGUGAUCUGGCUAGCUGACUGGCCCUCCCUGGUUGUUUGGUCAAAAUAUAAAUCCCUCUCGCCUGGAACAAAGGACUGGCUCUCUGGGUAGGUCUAGGCAGCACAUUGAGUGCUGUAAUUGCAUUGGGGACCAGCUAGCUAGCUUAUCCCUCAUCUCACACAUGACUUCUGUUUUAGCAUAGCAAGCUUUGCUACUAAGUCCCUUACUAGCCAAAUGUAGCUACUAGUCUAGGGUUGUGGCUAGAAGGGAUCCAGCUUUUGUCAAAUUAAAGGCAAAAGUAUAUCUAUUUUUUGGCAUUGAAGCUAACCCUAACCCAAGGGGCCUAGUGUGUAUCACACUCCAUACAUUUUGCUCUCAUGUACAUGUGAAGGAAUCUCAGUGAGUUAGUAUAUGACUGUGUUCAAAAUAUCUUACAGUGAGGAUGUAGCGAGAUCUUUUAGCUCAUCAGUCAACACAAUGACAUUACCCUUUAGUGAAUCAUGGGCUUGAUUAAUAACCUCAGCUAGAGACUUGUCAGUUUGCUUUGCAUACAGUUGUAGUGAGGAGGACAACAUAUAUACUGAUCAAUGAUACACAGGUUAUUUCCCCAAUGGCACCCUAUUCUCUGGCCCUUAGGUCCCUGGUCAAAAUGAGGGCCCAUUAAACGGAAUAAGGUGGGAUUUGGGACGCAAACACAAGUUGUUGAACAGACCUGUCUCUCCCUGUUAUCUCUCUGCUCCAGCCCAGUGAACAGACCUGUCUCUCCCUGUUAUCUCUCUGCUCCAGCCCAGUGAACAGACCUGUCUCUCCCUGUUAUCUCUGCUCCAGCCCAGUGAACAGACCUGUCUCUCCCUGUUAUCUCUCUGCUCCAGCCCAGUGAACAGACCUGUCUCUCCCUGUUAUCUCUCUGCUCCAGCCCAGUGAACAGACCUGUCUCUCCCUGUUAUCUCUCUGCUCCAGCCCAGUGAACAGACCUGUCUCUCCCUGUUAUCUCUCUGCUCCAGCCCAGUGAACAGACCUGUCUCUCCCUGUUAUCUCUCUGCUCCAGCCCAGUGAACAGACCUGUCUCUCCCUGUUAUCUCUCUGCUCCAGCCCAGUGAACAGACCUGUCUCUCCCUGUUAUCUCUCUGCUCCAGCCCAGUGAACAGACCUGUCUCUCCCUGUUAUCUCUGCUCCAGCCCAGUGAACAGACCUGUCUCUCCCUGUUAUCUCUGCUCCAGCCCAGUGAACAGACCUGUCUCUCCCUGUUAUCUCUGCUCCAGCCCAGCGAACAGACCUGUCUCUCCCUGUUAUCUCUGCUCCAGCCCAGCGAACCAGACCUGUCUCUCCCUGUUAUCUCUCUGCUCCAGCCCAGUGAACAGACCUGUCUCUCCCUGUUAUCUCUGCUCCAGCCCAGUGAACAGACCUGUCUCUCCCUGUUAUCUCUCUGCUCCAGCCCAGUGAACAGACCUUGUCUCUCCCUGUUAUCUCUGCUCCAGCCCAGUGAACAGACCUGUCUCUCCCUGUUAUCUCUGCUCCAGCCCCAGUGAACAUACCUGUCUCUCCACUGUUAUCUCUGCUCCAGCCCAGUGAACAGACCUGUCUCUCCCUGUUAUCUCUGCUCCAGCCCAGUGAACAGACCUGUCUCAGUGAACAGACCUUGUCUCUCCUGUAUCUCUGCUCCAGCCCAGUGAACAGACCUGUCUCUCCCUGUUAUCUCUGCUCCCAGCCCAUUGAACAGACCUGUAUCCUCCUGUUAUCUGCUCAGCCCCAGCGAACAGACCUGUCUCUCCCUGUUAUCUCUCUGGCUCCAGCCCAGUCGAACAGACCUGUCUCUCCCUGUUAUCUCUCUGCUCCAGCCCAGCGAACAGACCUGUCUCUCCCUGUUAUCUCUCUGCUCCAGCCCAGUGAACAGACUGUCUCUCCCUGUUAUCUCUCUGCUCCAGCCCAGUGAACAGACCUGUCUCUCCCUGUUAUCUCUCUGCUCCAGCCCAGUGAACAGACCUGUCUCUCCCUGUUAUCUCUCUGCUCCAGCCCAGUGAACAGACCUGUCUCUCCCUGUUAUCUCUCUGCUCCAGCCCAGUGAACAGACCUGUCUCUCCCUGUUAUCUCUCUGCUCCAGCCCAGUCAACCCCAAGGUGCUGGCUCAUGAAGCCAGCCGGUAAGAGACAGACAGACAAUGAUGUGUCGGGGGUCACAUUGGGAAGAAAAGUAAUGUUGAAGGGACAUUAAUCCUCCAUUGUGCCCUUGAGCAAGGCACUUAACCCCUAAACUGCUUUCUAACCAGGGGCCUGUCAACGUGUGUGUAUUGGGGAAGGGUUGACGUGCUCUCUAAGGCAUGUGUCCCAAAUGGCUCCCUAUAUAGUGUACUAGUUUUGACCAACGCCCUAUUAACUGGAAGGUAGUACUCUACAUAAGGAAUAGGGCGCCAUUUGGGAAGUAGCCUUAAAUGCCAGUGAUCAGCAGAGCGCUUCCCAAAAGCUCAGAGUGCCAGGAGCUCUGCUGGUGUGGGAUUAGGUGACAUCAUUCACCAUGCAUCCCAAAUGGCACCCUAUUCCCUAUAUAGUGCACUACUUUAGACCAGAGAAUGGCACCCUAUUCCCUAUAUAGUGCACUCCUCUAGACCAGAGAAUGGCACCCUAUUCCCUAUAUAGUGCACUACUUUAGACCAGAGAAUGGCACCCUAUUCCCUAUAUAGUGCACUCCUCUAUAUAGGGAAUAGUGCUGUGGUCAAAAGUUGCGCACAAUAGAGCCCCACAGUGGAGGUGUCAUAAUACCCAUAAAACCUAGCGGUCCACCAUUAAUUUUAGAAACACUUCAAAUAAGGGCUGUGUUUCGUGUAGGCUUACCCUGGCGUGAUGUUUUGAUAACCAUCUAAAUCUCUCUGACAAGGUGACUUUUAUCAAUAUAGUCGGCUCUAUUUACUCUGAGAUUCAAAAAUGCUAAGUAGACAUGAUGAAAAACUACAAAUCCCUGCAAGCUCCUACACGUCAUCUCUAGAGGACACCUUUGCUAACAGGUAUUGUGUCAAUUUAAAACUUGCACAAGACAGUUCACAAAGUUGUGCAUUUAAAGAAAUGUAGCCGAUUUAUUAAUUACUAAAUUUAGCUAACAAUAGAUAGUUAAUCCAGAGAUUCUUACCUUUGCCUUGAUUCGGCAGUCUCGUCCAGAUCAUCAUGGCAUUUGUAAUUCUUUAUGAUAGCGACAUUAGCAGCUAAAUAAUAUUUCAUUUUUGGGGGGAUCGGCUAGCUCUGUCUGUCCUCAUUUCAGUUAAAUCAGGAAGGAUGGGAUCGGCUAGCUCUGUCUGUCCUCAUUUCAGUUAAAUCAGGAAGGAUGGGAUCGGCUAGCUCUGUCUGUCUCAUUUCAGUUAAAUCAGGAAGGAUGGGAUAGGCUAGCUCCUGUCUGUCCGCAUUUCGUUUCACCGGAAUUAUUUAAGCAGUGCAUCGAUGGUAGGCCUAAACACAAACACACAUGCAGUCCUAAUGCGUCACAACUCAUUAGUAAACAUUGUCUAGGCAGACGAGGACAUUCAUUAUUUAUCUUCACAAAUAUUGACUCCUCUUUGCUCAAUGCAUUGGAUUGAUUGAAGGAAAAACACUGUUCACUAUCGGUGCAUUCAUACCCCAGUAAGCCAGCGAGCUGCUGCAUACAGAUUCCGUCCGUUCACUCGUGCAUCAUACCCCGUAACCAGGAGCUGCUGCAUACAGAUUCAGUCAGUAAGCCAAGUGAGCUGCUGCAUUACAGAUUCAGUCAGUAAGCCGCGGCUGCUGCAUACAGAUCAGUCAGUAAAGCCAGUGAAGCUGCUGCAUACAAUCAUUCAGUAAGCCAGCGAGCUGCUGCAUACAGAUUCAGUCAGUAAGCCAGCGAGCUGCUGCAUACAGAUUCAGUCAGUAAGCCAGCGAGCUGCUGCAUACAGAUUCAGUCAGUAAGCCAGCGAGCUGCUGCAUACAGAUUCAGUCGUUCACUAUCGGUGCAUCAUACCCCAGUAAGCCAGCGAGCUGCUCCAUACAGAUUCAGUCAGUCUGAGACAUGAGCUUCUGAUUAGCCUUGUCCCAGAUCAUUCUGUGCUGUCAUGUCAACUCCUUGCCAUGCCAGACAAUGUUUAGCAUGACAAGGACUUGCAUUAUGGCACAAACAGACUCCAACCUAAUGUGUUUGGUUUUACUAGUUGUAUGUACAGGAGACACGUGGAAUACACCAUCCAACCAAAUGCUGGCUGCAGGUUCCUUCUCCACAAUGCAACAACAAUAAGAAAUAAUAAAAGAUAUGAACACGAACAUAAAGUGAAUGUCUCAGUAGAAUAGAAUAGACAUUUUAGCAUCAGUAUAAUACAGGAAGGAACCAUUUAUAGUCCAAGAUUUACACAUGUUUUGGGGAAGGGGGGAUUGGGGGUCAAGUGUUUUUUAAAUUGUGCAGUGGUAUGUUUUGGGGAAGGGGGGAUUGGGGGGGCAAGUGUUUUAAAUUGUGCAGUGGUAUGUUUUGGGGAAGGGGGGGGGUGAUGUUUUGGGGAAGGGGGGGGGGGGGGUGAUGUGUACUAAGGUGAGUUGCUUCCUGCCUGCCUGCCUGACGGUAAGGCAGUGAACAGCUCGUGGCUGAGGUGUGUGGGGUCCUUGAUGAUACUGCGGGCCUUCCUUUGGCACCGUUUCGAAUAGAUGUCCUGGAUGGGUGGAAGCACGGUCCCAGUGAUGUCCUGGAUGGGUGGGAGCACGGUCCCAGUGAUGUCCUGGAUGGGUGGGAGCACGGUCCCAGUGAUGUCCUGGAUGGGUGGGAGCACGGUCCCAGUGAUGUCCUGGAUGGGUGGGAGCACGGUCCCAGUGAUGUCCUGGAUGGGUGGAAGCACGGUCCCAGGGAUGUCCUGGAUGGGUGGAAGCACGGUCCCAGGGAUGUCCUGGAUGGGUGGAAGCACGGUCCCAGGGAUGUCCUGGAUGGGUGGGAGCACGGUCCCAGUGAUGUCCUGGAUGGGUGGAAGCACGGUCCCAGUGAUGUCCUGGAUGGGUGGGAGCACGGUCCCAGUGAUGUUCCUGGAUGGGUGGGAGCACGGUCCCAGUGAUGUCCUGGAUGGGUGGGAGCACGGUCCCAGUGAUGUCCUGGAUGGGUGGGAGCACGGUCCCAGUGAUGUCCUGGGCCAUCUUCACCACCCGCUGGAGGGCCUUGCGGUCGUGGACAGAGCAGUUCCUGCACCAGGCCGUGAUGCAACUGGCGACGAUGCUCUCAACGGUGCUGCGCUAGUAUUUGGAGAGGACCUGGGGUAGCAUGCCGAACCUCAGCCGCCCCCAAGGAAGCAGAGACGCUGUUUUGACAAGAGUGACGGUGUUGGUCCAUGUCGAGUCCUCGGUGAUGUGGAUGCCGAGGAACUUAAAACGUCUGACUCUCUCUAUAGCAGUUAAUGAUGCGUGUAAGAGCCAUUGGGUUCAGCAGUUUGAUAUUCAUUAAUAGUGUUCUUCCCCCUCUUCCCGUUCUACAGGCUCCCAGCUGAAUACACAACUAGAAGGUUGGUUGUCUCAAGCCCAGUCCACUGUCACACCAGCUAGAGCAAUCAUAGCACCGUAAGCACCACUGGUCGUUGUUUCUGAUAACGGUCGUUAAAAAAGGCCUCAUCUUGUCAUCAGAAGUCAUUCUAAAUAUGAUAUGAUAACAGCAUAUGAAUGACUGUAAUGUACAUGUGGUGAUAGGGGGCAGUGGGGGGUCUAUGUGGUGAUAGGGGGCAGUGGGGGGUCUAUGUGGUGCUAGGGGGCAGUGGGGGGUCUAUGUGGUGCUAGGGGGCAGUGGGGGGUCUGUGUAACGGUGUCCUCUGUGUUUUCAGGCAUGCAGGAUAUACCUACUGUGGCGCUUGUUCUGCACACGCAUACAAACAGAUAGACCCUUCUGUCACGUAAGUCUAAAUUUAACCAUGUUCAGUCAAUUUUCUAAAUAAAAACACAUUUUGUAGCAAAAUUAAUUUUCAUGGACAAUUAACUAUCAUCAAAUUGAAAUGAGAUGUUUUGAAAUGCAUUUUUUACAUUUUCCCUCCUUAUCAAACCUUAGACUGCCCUGUUUCACCCUGAAGGAGCUAUCAGCCCUUAGUUACCUCAGACAGUAGUUAGCAGUAUUGGCCUAGCCGCUCAGACAGACAGUAGUUAGCGGUAUUGGCCUAGCCGCUCAGACAGACAGUAGUUAGCAGUAUUUGCCUAGCCGCUCAGACAGACAGUAGUUAGCGGUAUUGGCCUAGCCGCUCAGACAGACAGUAGUUAGCGGUAUUGGCCUAGCCGCUCAGACAGACAGUAGUUAGCGGUAUUGGCCUAGCCGCUCAGACAGACAGUAGUUAGCGGUAUUGGCCUAGCCGCUCAGACAGACAGUAGUUAGCGGUAUUGGCCUAGCCGCUCAGACAGACAGUAGUUAGCGGUAUUGGCCUAGCCGCUCAGACAGACAGUAGUUAGCGGUAUUGGCCUAGCCGCUCAGACAGACAGUAGUUAGCGGUAUUGGCCUAGCCGCUCAGACAGACAGUAGUUAGCGGUAUUGGCCUAGCCGCUCAGACAGACAGUAGUUAGCGGUAUUGGCCUAGCCGCUCAGACAGACAGUAGUUAGCGGUAUUGGCCUAGCCGCUCAGACAGACAGUAGUUAGCGGUAUUGGCCUAGCCGCUCAGACAGACAGUAGUUAGCGGUAUUGGCCUAGCCGCUCAGACAGACAGUAGUUAGCGGUAUUGGCCUAGCCGCUCAGACAGACAGUAGUUAGCGGUAUUGGCCUAGCCGCUCAGACAGACAGUAGUUAGCGGUAUUGGCCUAGCCGCUCAGACAGACAGUAGUUAGCGGUAUUGGCCUAGCCGCUCAGACAGACAGUAGUUAGCGGUAUUGGCCUAGCCGCUCAGACAGACAGUAGUUAGCGGUAUUGGCCUAGCCGCUCAGACAGACAGUAGUUAGCGGUAUUGGCCUAGCCGCUCAGACAGACAGUAGUUAGCGGUAUUGGCCUAGCCGCUCAGACAGACAGUAGUUAGCGGUAUUGGCCUAGCCGCUCAGACAGACAGUAGUUAGCGGUAUUGGCCUAGCCGCUCAGACAGACAGUAGUUAGCGGUAUUGGCCUAGCCGCUCAGACAGACAGUAGUUAGCGGUAUUGGCCUAGCCGCUCAGACAGACAGUAGUUAGCGGUAUUGGCCUAGCCGCUCAGACAGACAGUAGUUAGCGGUAUUGGCCUAGCCGCUCAGACAGACAGUAGUUAGCGGUAUUGGCCUAGCCGCUCAGACAGACAGUAGUUAGCGGUAUUGGCCUAGCCGCUCAGACAGACAGUAGUUAGCGGUAUUGGCCUAGCCGCUCAGACAGACAGUAGUUAGCGGUAUUGGCCUAGCCGCUCAGACAGACAGUAGUUAGCGGUAUUGGCCUAGCCGCUCAGACAGACAGUAGUUAGCGGUAUUGGCCUAGCCGCUCAGACAGACAGUAGUUAGCGGUAUUGGCCUAGCCGCUCAGACAGACAGUAGUUAGCGGUAUUGGCCUAGCCGCUCAGACAGACAGUAGUUAGCGGUAUUGGCCUAGCCGCUCAGACAGACAGUAGUUAGCGGUAUUGGCCUAGCCGCUUUCACGGCCUCAUCUUGGAACAACAUGAGCGAAGCCUGGGCAGCCAAGGCUACUAAUGGCCUGAUGACUGGUCCAAGAUGACUGGUCCAAGAUGACUGGUCCAAGAUGACUGGUCCAUGAUGACUGGUCCAAGAUGACUGGUCCAAGAUGACUGGUCCAAGAUGACUGAGCUGUGAGUCAGAGUCCUACUGAGGUCAGUGAGGUGACUGAGUCCUCUCUUUCCCCCCUGUAGUCGCAGGGUGUUCAUCCUGGGUCCGUCUCACCACGUUCCUCUGUCCCGCUGUGCCCUCUCCUCUGCUGAGGUUUAUAAAACCCCUCUCUACGACCUCCGGAUUGACCAGAAGGGUAUGUACACACCCAGGUACACUGUUCCCUGCCCUCUGCUGAAGGGUAUGUACACACCCAGGUACACUGUUCCCUGUCCUCUGCUGAAGGUUAUAAAACCCCUCAGGAUUAACCAGAAGGGUAUUGAUCAUUUCUAGUUAGCAUUUCCUAAGGUAAAGAUCCUAGUUUUUAUGUGUCAGUGUUACGGCUGGCACAAUUACCGUGUAACCGACGGUUAUGGAUGAAGGCCGUGAUGAAAAAUAAAAUAACCGCCAUAACCGUUACAUUUAUGAUUAUUUUUUUAUGAGCAGCUGACUCAAGACGGGACGGACGGGCAAUCGUGCAGUUGAGUCUGUUUCUGCGGCAACGUGAUGAAACGUUGUUGCGCCUUGCUAAAACAAGAAACGUAUGCAUAUAACUACUGUUCCCUGAAGGAGGGAACGAGGUAUAACAUACUAUGGGGAGUCAACGACCAAACCUAUUCACCUGAAGCAAACUGAAAUCACGCCCAACGGGCCAAUGGACGUGAGUCCUCCCUCUGAUGCCCCGCCUUCCUGGCUAUAAUAGUGGGGCUCGCAUCCAUUUCCUCAAUUCAGUACCGCUCUUCAGCGAGCCCAAACCCUGCUGACAGCGCUGGCCAAAAUAUGUUAUAUCCUCCUUCAGGGAACAGUAGUUCAUUAACUAGGGGUGUAACGGUUCACCAAACGGGUCACGGUUACGGUACAGCGGAAAAAAGACAUUCCGACAUUUACUGUAGUUCAUUUUUGUUCAUUCGGCAAAAUACGCUAAAUUAAAAAGCACCUUAUUCCGGGCCCAAGUCCAGUUUCUGUGACGACAUUCACAGUGUUCCUGGCGUCGUCUGUUGUGACGGGGGUUGUCAUGGCGGGCCUCAAGAAGAGAUCUAAGAAGCUGGACCCGUUCCGAAAUGGACCUGGGGCGUUCCCACCCGGACAAAUAUACGUAAAUAAAUGUUUCAAUAUAGAGACCCUUUCCGAACAGGGCCCGAGGACGACCAGUUCCGUAUAGACGUAGUCGGAUCCGAGUGAGGGAAGCAGCAGAAAAGUAAAUCUGUAAGCUACUUUAUUAACCAGAGCUAAUGCAGAGCGAGGGAGAGCAGGCGGAGGAGGGGCCUUGAGGUGUGUGGGAGAGGAAACAACCAACCAAGCCGACUUGCGCUAGUAGACUAACGUCUAGCUUGUCAUAGCUUGGUUAUUUAUCAUCCAGUAGGAUUACCUAGUACCUGUCUUGACUGCAUCAAACCGAAAGAAGCUAGUUGGCUAAGAUAGUUUGCCAGCCAGCUAAUUGAGUUCAUGAGCUUUCUUCCUGUCCUACAGUUAAAUAACACCUCCAUUCAGAUUAUUAAAUGGUAGCCUAACUGUUGAGCAGUGGAGAACAUACUAUUAACUUUUUGACCACCCGCAUUGCGGACCGAACCGACGUCCCUGUACCGAACAGUUCGUUACGAAUACCGUGUACCGUUACACCCCUAUUCAUAACUGGUCUGCGUGUUUCCACCCCCAGGCAACAGGACAACAGGACAGUCCUGAAACCACAUGCCCUAGGGCACGGUCGACGGUUCAGAUUCGGGUGGUUAGCCUUUUUGAACUCAAGGGAACUAACAAACUAGUUUUCGGUUUCCUAGGCAACGCAGUGCAGUAGCAGCACACAGAAUGAAUAGAACAGGCUUGGAACCUCUAACCCUGGCAAUUAGAAUGGUGAAAUCAAGCUUUAUUUAUACAGCACAUUUCAGACAUGGAAUGCAACAUAAUGUGCUUCAAUGGGUACACUCAAUGGUUGCCUGGUUUUGUGAUGCAAUCAUUUCCAUGGUAAUGUACACUGAACAAAAAUAUAAAAGCAACAUGCAACAAUUUCAAAGAUUUUACUGAGUUACAGUUCAUAUAAGGAAAUCAUUUAAAUAAAUUCAUUUGGCCCUAAUCUAUGGAUUUGACUGGGAAUACAGAUAUGCAUCUGUUGGUCACAGAAAUCCUUUUUUUUUUUUUUUAGUAGGGGCGUGGAUCAGAAAACCAGUCAGUAUCUGGUGUGACCACCAUUUGCCUCAUGCAGUACGACACAUCUCCUUCACAUAGUUGAUCAGGCUGUUGAUUGUGGCCUGUGGAAUGUUGUCCCACUCCUCUUCAAUUGCUGUGCGAAGUUGCUGAAUAUUGGCAGGAACUGGAACACGCUGUCGUACACAUCGAUCCAGAGCAUCCCAAACAUGCUCAAUUGGUGACAUGUCUGGUGGACAUUCCUGCAGUCAACAUGCCAAGUGCACAUUCCCUCAAAACUUGAAAUAUCUGUGGCAUUGUGUUGUGUGACCAAACUGCACAUUUUUAGAGGCCUUUUGUCCCCUGCACAAGGUGCACCUGUGUAAUGAUCAUGCUGUUUAAUCAGCUUCUUGAUAUGCCACACCUGUCAGGUGGAUGGAUUAUCUUGGCAAAGGAGAAAUGCUCACUAACAGGGAUGUAAACACAUUUGUGCACAAAAUUUGAGAGAAAUAAGCGUUUUGUGUGUAUUGAACAUUUCUGCGAUCUUUUAUUUCAGCUCAUGAAACAUGGGACCAACACUUUACAUGUUGCGUUUUAUAUUUGUUCAGUAUAGAAUGUUGAUUCGAAUCAUGUUAACUGAUGUGGCUCAUGCAAUUUAAAUGUAUUUUUUUGUAAUGUCAGGUGAACUGAAUCAACCAAUCACAGCACAGAUUGAUGGGUACACUUCCUGCUUUUACUUCCUGCUUUGCUCCUAUGGGUACACUCACAAGGGCCUCAGUCCACCCAUUAUGCCAUCAUUGAGUUGAAUGGGGACGCCCGUUCUCUCCUCCCUCUAUGGCAGCACAUGCAGUCCGGAGCGAAGGAGAGGAGAAAAUGUUCCUUAUUAUUAUUAUUAUUCAAGUUAUUACGGAGACCGUGGCCAUUUGGCUGGCCAAUCCCAAAAUUCCAUGACCGUCACAACCCUAAUCAGUGUUUAUUGUGCCUUUUUUAAAACUGUGAAGCUUGACACAAAGAAAAACCUUAAAUGUCCUCAGGGGACCAACCAUCUGAUUGAUACUGGAAACUAGGCAUUCUCACUGACGCUGCCAAACACCUAUCAGUGCGUCUGAACGAAUGACUCGCAGUCAUAUGCUAAUUCAAGCCUCACUUCACCAGGAAUAAUGUGCAUAUUGAAUCCUCACCUCUCUCUCUCUCUCUAGUCUAUGCUGACCUCUGGAAGACUGGGAUGUUUGAGAGGAUGAGUCUUCAGACAGACGAGGAUGAGCACAGCAUUGAAAUGCACCUGCCUUACACUGCUAAAGCCAUGGAGAGGUAAGACAGAGGAACACACUUCAGUCUGUCAGGGUUGCCUGCUUCAUUCAUCACAAAGCCAUCCAUCAGUGGAGUGUACAGUAAUUCAUAGACUCUAGGCCUGUUUGCCUGGUGAUGGGAGCCAGCAGGGAAUUCAUGACAAAUGGAGGAGAGCUGUGGGUCAUUAAUGACUGGUUUGCCUUUACAGUUUGUGAAGUUCUCUCUCCCCCCAGCCCCAGGAUGGUUUGCGUCAUUGCUAUGGUUUAUGAUUGGUUGUUUACUAAUGAUUGGGUGUUUACUGUGUCGGACCCCAGUCAGAGUAGCUGUUGCCAUUUGGCGUCUGGAGAUCCUAAUAAAUCUAAAAUCGAAUCGAAGUAAAGCCUGCAUGCUCAAUUAAUGGACCCACUCAAUAAACACACACCUUUUAUCAGGUUGGUUUAAUAAACACACACCUUUUAUCAGGUUGGUUUAAUAAACACACACCUUUUAUCAGGUUGGUUUAAUAAACACACACCUUUUAUCAGGUUGGUUUAAUAAACACAAACCUUUUAUCAGGUUGGUUUAAUAAACACAAACCUUUUAUCAGGUUGGUUUAAUAAACACACACCUUUUAUCAGGUUGGUUUAAUAAACACACACCUUUUAUCAGGUUGGUUUAAUAAACACACACAAACCUUUUAUCAGGUUGGUUUAAUAAACACACACCUUUUAUCAGGUUGGUUUAAUAAACACACACCUUUUAUCAGGUUGGUUUAAUAAACACACACAAACCUUUUAUCAGGUUGGUUUAAUAAACACACACCUUUUAUCAGGUUGGUUUAAUAAACACACACAAACCUUUUAUCAGGUUGGUUUACAAGUGUUCAGUCCCUGUAAAGGCUUCUACCAUCUUGGUCAGGUAACUGUCCCCAGACCUGUAAUGUGUUGUCUCCCUCUCCUACUACAGUCAUAAAGAUGAGCUCAGCAUUGUCCCGGUGCUGGUGGGAGCCCUCAGUGAGUCUAAAGAACAGGACUAUGGGAAACUGCUCAGCAGGUAUCUGGCUGAUCCCUCCAACUUGUUCAUCAUCUCCUCUGACUUCUGCCACUGGGGUACGUACUGGGAAGGACUGGUAGGGAUCAAUAUUAUACCCUGUUCACGCUACUGAGUUGAGCUAGUCUGGUUAUACAUCCGUCCACCGUAGUUGCUGGAACCGUGCUGGAAAGACCAUGUGAAAAGAAAAGCCAGCACAGUUUUGUUCUGGACUAUUGUGUGAAAGGGGUUGUAAAUAUAGAACCAGUGGUUCAGUGUCCUUGACAAACCUCUCCUUCAGGGUUGGUCUGACUUCAUCCAUUUCCUGUCACAAACCCCAAAAAUAAUGUUUAUUUUUAUUUUUUUAGCCUCAGUAUAGGCCAUAAAUAAUUGUUAUUUGCAUGACUUAAAGUGUGAUGGUGCAUCGCAAACACAACCAGCCGGUUGAGUUGCCCAAUUAGGGUAAACUCAUUUUGUAUUCUAAUUUUCAUAGAUUUUUAUUUUUUUAUCAUCAAAAAAAUUAUACAUUAAUAAAUGUUGUGCUUCAGUUGCUUAUAAUGGAAGAUUGGCCUAGUUAAAUGAUGAGUGAGAAAAUUACAAACAAAUAUCAUACUUCCAAGACAUGCAACCUCUCACCAUUACAAUAACAACAGAGGUUAGCAUUGUUGGGGGAUAUGAUAUUUGUGCAUCUAACUUUCUCACUCAUUAUUAUUCACGAUUAUUUCAGGAUGAUCUGUAACCAUGGUAGCAUCACAUUAAUGUAGAAGUGUUUAGAAACGUAUUCUAUUCUUAUUUACAAUAAAAGUGACUCCAAAGUGACACAAUACAUUAUUUACCAUUCAUUUCUAUUGGGCACAAAAUAAUCUGCAACACAACCAAAACAAACCGCAAAUGCAUCCAACAAAUUUGUAGAGUCACAGGACUAUGUACAAAAAGUGCUGUAAUUUCUAAACGGUUCACCCGAUAUGGAUGAAAAUACCCUCUCAUUAAAGCUAACAGUCUGCACUUUAACCUGCAUCAUUUCAAAUCCAAAGUGCUGGACUACAGAGCCAAAACAACACAUGUCACUGUCCCAAUACUUUUGGUGCUCACUGUAUAUGUAAAUGAAUGCAUUUACAGUUUAUAUGCUUAGUACAAGUAAAAUUACAUGUAUUGAAUAAUAAUAUUGUGAAAGAUAUUGAAGAUAACAGGCAGACAGGAAAUACUAAUAUGGAUAUGACAGAUAAAACAAUCCCAUAACAAUAUUUAUCCAUUGUCCAUAAUAGCUAGCUUUGACUAAAUAUAAUUCCUUUAAUGGGCAACUCAACCACCUGGUAGAGUAUAUUUUUCAAGGGUUCCUAAAAUUAUAAAAUGACAUUAGUAAUUGCUGUUUUAGAGGUCAACAUUUAACAACCUUGUAAUUUCCCAUUUUAUACACAAUUAGUAAUGUAAAUGUAUGAUUAAGGGUUAAUAUCUUUCCCUCCUCCCCACAGGCCAACGGUUCCGCUACACCUACUAUGAUGAGGCUCAAGGAGAGAUCCACAGAUCCAUUGAACACCUUGAUAAAAUGGUUAACAACACAUUCUGA